CUUCACCUCCAGCAAUUUCUCCCAUCAUCUCAUCACCAAGCCAAAAGUCCCCAACUCCAAUCCUCCCCCUUCCCAAACACCACCACAGACCCACACGAAAGAAAGAAAAAUGACCACCCCCGAAGAAACCCACCGCGCGACCUCCCUCCAACACGCCCAAGACCAAGCCCUCAGCCUCUUUGCCGCCAUCGAGCCCCUGAUCGUGCCGGGCAUCACCGAGAAAGCCCUCAGCGACAGCAUCCACCGCCUGGGCGCCUCGCACCACAACGUGCGCACACACUGGCACAAGCGCCUCGUGCGCAGCGGGCCGAACACCCUGCGGCCGUUCGCAGACAACCCCCCCGACCGCACCCUCCUCGCCGACGACAUCCUGGUCAUCGACCUCGGCCCCGUGUUCGAAGAAUGGGAGGCGGAUUUCGGGCGCACGUACGUGUUAGGGAGUGAUCCCGCCAAGCUCGCGCUCCGCGACGCCCUCGAGGGGAUCUGGACAUCCGUCAAGACGGAGUUCGAUCGGCGGCCCGACGUCACGGGCGCGGAGCUGUAUGCGAUCGCCAGCCAGACGGUCCGGGCGGCCGGGGCGCGCGCCGGCCGGCGGUGGGUGUUCGGGGCCGAGAUCGCCGGCCACCUCGUCGGCAGCUUUCCGCAUGAGCGCAUCCCCAACGAUCGCGUGAGUCUGUAUAUCACCCCCGGGAAUGGGGAGCGCAUGCGCGGGAAGGGGAAGGGCGGGUGGGAGCGGCAUUGGAUCCUGGAGAUUCAUGUGCAUGAUGCCGAGCGCGGGUUUGGGGGGUUCUGUGAGCGGUUGUUGACGGUGGGGUGAAUUGGAUGAAUUGUGGGGUUUUUGUGUUGUGCUUGGGUGGAUGUCGUGCUCUUGAUAGAAUGAUGAAGGAAUCGAUAUAUAGACCCAGGGGGUCAGGUUUAUUGUAUUUGUAUGGUUGAAAUGGAUAGAGGCACAGAUCUAUGGACCUAUGGGUCCAGUUUG